UGAGGCAGUUCGGGCUGAAACUACAAAAUUGUCUAAGACUGCUUUGCAUGCAUAUUUGUAUUAUAAUGCAAAUUAUAAGAAAAGUAACUGAUAAUUAUUACGAGUACAUUACUGUUUGGAUCAAGAAGUCCGGGUUUGAAGGCUGGUCUUGCAUCUAACAUCAGACAAUCUUUUUAGUGCAACAACUGCUCGUUAGCAAACCUCACACCUGCAGAACUGGUCCGCAAGCAUGAAGAGGCAGAGGUACCUUUAAAGUGUUUGAAAGCUACGUGUAUGAUAAUAAUUAUUGCAGCUAUUGUGUUUGUAACUUAGUGUACUUGAAAUUAGUCAUAGCUUUAUCUGUGUUCUUACUAGGUACUAACAGUUUAUUCUGAAUUAGUUAGUAACUAAUCCUAGAUCCUCACAAUGAGAAAGUAUGUGAAACAAUAAUUAUUCUAUCUUUACCGAGGGUUGUAGCUAAGAAAAUACCAGUAGUCUCCCAGCUAAGAUUUUCAUUGAGCCAGACACCAUUUUUCACAAGAGACUUGGAACAAAAUUUUUGUCCCCAAUCUUUUGCAGCACCUUGAAUGCAGUGUAGCGGUUUCGGCCUCGUGCUUCACACUUGUCUGAUUUUGAAAUUACUUGCACGAUUACUUCUGAAUUGUACUCCACUCAGUCCAAUUUCUAGUACUAAUAACCGGUUGAUAUGCUGCUUAAAAGUACAAAUCAACUAUUUUGUAACGUUGGAAAUGGUGGUAGUGAGGCAAAGUUAACUUUGUUCAUUCCAUGAGCAUGCAUCUUAGGAUUAUCAUGCAUGCCAAAAUAUAGUGAGUUUGAUAGCAUGGAUUUGUAAGCUAUUUUAUAAUAAAUAUAAUGUAAGUUUGCACAUGAAAAUAGCCACUAACUGUACAUGUACAUGUGGCUGGAUUAUGGCUAACAACAAAACAAAAAUGUGCAUGUACGUAAUAUUUAUAUGUCAAACUGAUGAUCUUACAGGAGGCUGGAGGUUAUUUCAUAAUCAAUGGAAUUGAAAAAGUAAUAAGAAUGCUUAUCUUGCCACGAAGAAACUUUCCAUUAGCUGUCAUUCGACCAUCUUGGAAGGGUAGAGGUCCUUUAUACACAGAAUAUGGAAUACAAAUGAGAUCAGUUAGAAAGGACCAGACAGCUGUGAACAUGACUCUUCAUUACUUAUCAGAUGGAGUUAUAAUGAUCUGUAUUAACCAUGAAAAGGAACUAUUUUAUGUUCCACUUGUUUUCAUCCUAAAAGCCUUGGUAAAUAUAACAGAUCACCAAAUCUAUUGUGAUCUUGUCGCAGGAGAGGAGGAUAACAGUUUCCUGAAAGACUGCAUUGCCACAAUGCUCAGAACAGCCCAUUCAGCAGGAGCUUCUACACAACCGGCAAUUCUCAAAUUUAUUGGAGAGAGAUUUAGAGUAAAGAUGAGAUUACCAGACUGGUACACAGAUGAAGAGGUGGCUCAUUAUGUUCUACAACAGUGUGUUUGUGUUCACCUGGAUGGAAACAUGGACAAGUUUAAUUUACUGGUUUUUAUGGCAAGGAAGCUGUAUGCAUUGGCACUAGAAAAGUGUUCCCCAGAGUCAGCUGAUAAUCCUAUGAUGCAAGAAGUACUUCUUGGUGGGCACUUGUAUCUCAUGUGUUUAAAGGAAAAGUUAGAGUUUUGGCUAUAUAGAGUGCGAGAGGCCCUUGAGAAAGCUAUGACAAAAAAGCAAGAUUUCCAUUUAAAUACAGCAACUUUGAUACAAGCAAUGCAAUAUGGUGCAAACAUAUCACACCAAAUGGAGUAUCUUCUUGCUACUGGAAAUCUGAUAUCAAGAUCAGGUCAUGGACUUAUGCAGGUCUCAGGAUUCUCAGUUGUAGCAGACCGGCUCAACUUUUAUAGGUUCCUGUCCCAUUUCCGCUGUGUCCACAGAGGUUCCUUCUUUUCCCAGAUGAGAACGACAUCUGUCAGAAAAUUAUUGCCUGAAGCUUGGGGUUUCCUGUGUCCUGUUCAUACUCCAGACGGUGCUCCUUGUGGUUUGUUGAACCACAUGGCUGCAUCCUGCCAGGUUGUGAAUACUGUACCACAGACUGCCCAUCUCUCCAGACUCCUGUGUUCAUUAGGGAUGACUCUGAACGAUGCCCCAGCGCCUGCUGAUAUGAAGUCUUGUUAUACAGUUGUAUUGGAUGGUAGAGUCCUUGGCAGAGUUGAUAUGGACCUUGCUCCAGCUCUUGUAAACAGGCUCCGGAUGUUAAAAGUACUUGGACAAGAAAAGGUUCCUCAGAUGUUAGAGAUCUGUCUUGUGCCUAUUACAAGUGUAGCCAGUCAGUAUCCCACCCUCUUCCUCUUCUCCACUCCAGCUCGGAUGAUGAGGCCAGUUUUCAACCUGGCAGCUGGUAAAGUGGAAAUGAUUGGCACUUUUGAGCAGGUUUAUAUGAACAUUGCUGUUGUCCAAGAAGAAUCGCAUGAAGGGGAAACAACUCACCUUGAAUUGAAACAGACAAGCAUGUUGAGUGCCAUUGCAAGUUUAACGCCAUACUCUGAUUUUAACCAAAGUCCUCGUAACAUGUAUCAGUGUCAGAUGGGAAAACAAACAAUGGGAACACCAGCUCAGGCACUGAAACACCGCGGUGAUAACAAACUCUACAGGAUACAGACACCGCAAAGUCCUCUGGUAAGACCCGCUGCUCAUGAUGAGUUAUCCAUUGAUAACUACGCUUUAGGAACAAAUGCUGUUGUGGCUGUUAUCUCUUACACGGGAUAUGAUAUGGAAGAUGCAAUGAUCCUUAACAAAGCAUCGUUUGAGCGUGGGUUUGCUCAUGGCACCGUGAUAAAGUGCGAGAUAGUUGAUCUUGUCAAAAUCUCUGGAAACACGAAAGCUUCAAGCCUCAGAUUUUGCUGUCUUCCUGAUGAUAAACGAGUUGAAGGAUUUCUCGACACUGAUGGUCUGCCACCAAUUGGAGCCAAGCUGGAGACAGGAAACCCGUAUUACUGUUACAUUGACGACAAUACUGGUCAAGUAAACAUCAAGAAAUACAGCAGCUUGGAAAGCGCGAUUGUUGACGAUGUAAAAAUUCUUGGAAAUGAUGACGGCACUGCUUCACUCCAAAAAGUUGCUAUUAAAUUAAGAAUACAGAGGAACCCAAUUAUUGGAGACAAGUUCUCAAGUCGGCAUGGACAGAAAGGAAUUUGUAGCCAGAAAUGGCCAAUUGAGAAUAUGCCUUUUACAGAAUCAGGCAUGACUCCAGAUAUCAUAUUUAAUCCUCACGGCUUUCCCUCUCGUAUGACAAUCGGUAUGAUGAUAGAGAGUAUGGCUGGUAAAUCCGCCAGUCUCAAUGGACUAGCGUAUGAUGCUACACCAUUUACCUUCUCAGAAGAGGAUCCUGCUAUUGAUUACUUUGGAAACCUCUUGACACAAUCCGGGUACAAUUACUACGGCACAGAACGAAUGUACAGUGGCACGGACGGCCGUGAGUUUGAAGUUGACAUCUUUUUUGGAGUAGUUUACUAUCAGCGACUGAGGCACAUGGUGGCAGACAAGUAUCAGGUUCGGACAACAGGCCCCAUAGACAUACUAACUCAUCAGCCAGUGCAGGGUCGUAAAAGACAUGGAGGCAUUCGGUUUGGUGAAAUGGAAAGGGACGCCCUCCUGGCGCAUGGUACAUCGUUUCUGUUGCAAGAUCGACUCAUGAACUGCUCAGACAAAACAGUGGGUCAGGUGUGUACUAAGUGUGGCAGUAUACUCUCUCCUCUCCUGGAUAAACCUGCCGUUGAGUUGGCAGCUGCGGCUGCGCACAGAGAACGGAAGUGGACUUGCAAAACUUGUGAAAGCAGCGAACACAUUCAGCUGUUAGCUUUCCCUUACGUCUUCCGUUAUCUUGUGGCCGAGUUGGCGGGCAUGAAUAUCAAGACGUCUUUGGAAGUGAGAAGAGUUGGAACUUAAUAGUCGACGAACCUGCUGUGGAAAGAGGCGAUGUGCUAAAUUUCCAGCUCAAAACAGCAGCUAAGGGAACGGCUACAAAGAAGUGGAUACAGUUGAGUCACAAUCCCGUCCCGAACCCGCGGGUUUUGACAGUGAUAUUGCUCUGCGACGUUUCAUAGUGAUACAAACGGCGUUGACGUCUGUGCGAUAACUCUUCGGGCAUUUUUACGAGAAUUUGCCAAGGACGACACGUUUACCCGAGAGAAUAAAGUGUAGUUUUAUCUAGAUAGUCGAACGCUUUUCUCAUUUCUACCUAUGGUUCAUGUGGGCAUUUUGUUAAGAUUACUUCCUCGGAAACUGUUAGUGCUAUCAAAUCGUAAACGACGGGUUGUAAGUUGCACUGGGUAAUACAACAUUGUCAUCUGUUGCGUUGUGCCUAUAGAGCGGGCCGUGACGUAAAAAAAAAAUCCGUGUCGAGAGCAUGAUGCAUACACCGUGUAAAUUGUUCUCCAACGAGAUUGUGAAGUGACUCUUGACGUGAAGGGCAGAGCCUGUUUUUGUUUUGUUUUUUUGUUUUGUUUUUAUUUUUGUGACAGAUCAGUCUGACUCUGAAUCAGAAUAAAGUAUCCCCGCCCCCCAACCAAAAAAAAAAAAAAA